AGGAGACUGAGGAUUCCUUACAUUAUUCCGUCAACGACUGGCUUCUAUGCGCCUUGGCUCGCUCUCUUGAGCCUCUUCCGUCAGGAACCCGCGGCCGUCGCUGCACCCACUUGCAAUUGCUUGGAGAGCCAUGGCAGUCUACAGCGAAGCCCAGGUCCUUGAUCGGCCGCCCGAGUCCGGCGUCGCUGACAACUCCGUCAGAGAACACCCGGGCCUUUCCUCCGCGGAUGCCUCCACUACUCUUCGCAACGGCUCCAAUCGCAAGAGUCGCCUGCCUCGGUUCAUUGCUAGACUCGGCGCUGGAAUCAGGCAGGACGUCCGUGCUCGUGCGCCCUGGUAUAGGCGGGAUUGGACCGACGCUUGGAACUACCGUGUCGUACCCUCCACGGCGCUCAUUUUCUUCGCAAAUGUCCUCCCCGGCAUUGCAUUCUCCUUAGACCUUAUAGAAACGACCCAACAAUACGGCGUUGCAGAAGUGCUCAUAUCAUCAUUCAUGGCUGCCUUCGUUUUCUCUGUCUUUGGAGCCCAGCCGCUUACAAUUGCGGGCGUCACUGGGCCGAUCACAGUUUUUAACAAGACAAUUUACGACAUCAUAGAGAAGCAACCUAAUCCACCUAAUUACCUUCACUUUGUCGGCUGGGUCUAUCUCUGGAGUGCCAUCAUCCACUGGGUUACUGCCAUACUCAAUUGGUGCAACUUCCUCAAGUAUGUCACUCUUUUUUCAUGUGACACUUUCGGCUUCUACGUCUCUUGGGUCUACCUCCAGUAUGGCAUCCAAGUCAUCACCCGACAAUUUUAUACAUCCCCAAGCACAGAUGGCCCGCUCGUUAGCAUCAUCUGCGCCCUUCUCAUGCUCGUCACGUCGUUCCUCUUUCAAGCGCUCUCCCAGACACCCUACUUUCAUCGACACGUUCGUCGUUUCUUUGCUGACUAUGGCAUGCCCAUCUCUCUCGUGGCUGCCACGGGCGUCGCAUACUGGGGACGCUUCAAUAAGACGGAUCCCACCACGUUACCUGUAGGUGGUGCAUUCCAAGCCGCCAAUGGCAGAGAGUGGCUUGUCAGAUUCUGGCAGCUAGAAGGCAAGUGGGUCGGCGUAGCCUUGCCUUUUGGCAUCAUCCUCUGGGUCCUGUUCUUUUUCGAUCAUAACGUUUCUUCUCUUAUCGCGCAAGGCUCGCAGUUCCCACUACGAAAACCGCCUGGUUUUCAUUACGACUUUUUCUUGCUCGGAAUCACCACUUUCAUUGCUGGCCUCAUCGGAGUUCCAGCUCCUAAUGGGUUGAUACCACAAGCUCCUAUCCAUACCACUUCACUACUUGUCAUGGGCCGCCCAACUAAAAAAGAUUUAGACGAGGAAGAACGUGUAUCUGGCUCUCGUGCACCUGCAGAGGGAGAGAAAGGGUCGUAUGAUCCGGCGUUAGCGCAAGUUGAGGUUCCUGUAGCUGUGGUAGAGCAAAGAGUGUCCAACUUGGCACAAGGUGCUCUCUGCCUGGUCUUGCUCACCGGGCCCUUCUUGCACAUCCUUAGUCUCAUACCGAGAGGGGUACUUGCCGGACUGUUCUGGUUCAUGGGUGCCGAUGCCCUGCAAGGCAAUGGAAUUACCGUGAAGAUUUUGUAUCUGAUCCGCGAUAGGUCGCUCACACCCCCCGACGAACCGCUGCGCAAGGUGCGGAAAUCGCGGCUUCUGCUUUUCAUAGCAGUACAGCUUGUUGCCUUCGGGGCGACGUUCGCUAUUACGCAGACCAUAGCCGCCAUUGGAUUCCCGGUGAUAAUUUUACUGCUGGUGCCUAUCAGAACCAUGCUCGUACCUCGCCUACCAUUUACACCAGAGGAGAUAGCCAUUCUUGAUGGCCCCACCGCCUCACCUUUCACAAUGGAAUCUGUUGGCGGAUCUCUUUAGCACAUUUCGAGAGCUGCUAUCAAGGAAAUAAUAUGAGAUACAAGCAAGGAGGCCCCCUCAAAAUAGAAGCUCAGCGCACGUUUAGAACUCUCGUACUACUACAGACAAAGACGCUCAGUGCCUGUUCAUUAGCAGCGCAUACGCAUGUCUACAAGUACCGCAUUCACGCGUAUAUAUCAGUGGC